AUGCCCCUCAUGCAGUCAAUCAACCAUCAUCACCACCAUCACACCACACCGAAGUGGUAUGUCAAUUCCAUAUCAAGAGAGAAGCUUGCUGAGUUCAAUCAGUUUGUCCAAACUCUUCCAGCCAGCAUGUUUCCAACAAGCUUGGCGCCACUACCCAUUCACCACCUUCUUCCACAACUGCAGAGAGACACCCAGGACAUCAAAGAGCUUUUUGAGAAAGCUAAAGUUCAGCCUACCUUCAAGACCCUCUACAAGAUUGAAGACCCAGGUCAAUUCUCUAUUCCCUGUCAAGUAAAUGGUCAUUACUUUGAUAGAACACUAUGCGAUUCUGGCUCUUGCAUAAACCUCAUGCCAACCCAAACCGCCAAACUCCUUGGCAUCACACGCUUGCAACCUGCUCAAAUUAGUAUUGGACUUGCUAACCAUACUAUAGCCAAGCCAAGAGGAGUUGUUAUUGAUGUUCUUCUAGAGAUUGGAGAUAUCAAGAUCCCGGUGGAUUUUCAUGUCAUGAACAUCAAAGGAGGAUGUGACACACCAUUGAUACUAGGCCGACCCUUUUUGGCCACUGCUGGAGCUGUCAUGGACCUUCCAAACAGGCGAAUGUCCUUAGCCAAUGUUGACAAGACAGUCUUUUACAAGACCAUACCAUUCAUCUCACCAAACAAGCUGUCUUACUUCAUCACUGCCCAAGGCCGCCCAAGAGAACCACCAGACCACACUCAAGGUCACAAUGAGACAAGAACUAAAAGACUAUGUCUCAGGCCGUGCCCUUACCCCAUCUCCAACUAA